UUACUUUAUUUUCUUAAGCAUAAAAGAAAAUUGUGUUUAGGGUUCAAUUCAAUCAAAGAUCAAAGGGAAGAUAAGUAGUUCAAUCUCACUGGUUUCAAUCAUGUCAAGCGGUGAUGACAGAAAACUCCAAGUGGAUGAUUCCUUCAUGCUCAAAGCUAUGCAACAACAAUUUCAGAGGCUAGACAUCAUGUUUGGUGAAAUUAAAGACAAAAUGGAGAAGCAAGCUACAGCCAUUGCCAAGUUAUACCAAAUACAGAAUGGAAGUCCAAAUUUUCAUAAUCACAAUCUUGAUGACAAUGAUGAAGAUGCAUUCAAUGAUGAUGCCCAGAACUCAAAUUUUAGCAUGGACAAAUUUAUGAGAGGUAGAGGGGGUCAAAGAUAUAGAUUUAACAAAGGAGACCAAAAUCUGGCAGGGUGGGGAGAUCGGCCAGAUCAUGACUUAGGCAGCAUCAAGAUAAAGAUUCCUCCAUUUCAAGGCAAAAAUGAUCCAAAUGUGUAUUUGGAAUGGGAAAAGAAGGUGGAAUAUGCCGUUGAUGGAGAACUGCUUGUCACUAGGCGAGCUUUGAAUGUGCAAGCCAAAGAAGAUGAUGAAGUACAAUGUGACAAUAUAUUUCACACGAGGUGCCAUGUCAAAAACAAGGUAUGUAGUGUGAUUAUUGAUGGUGGUAGUUGUACUAAUGUAGCUAGCACUGUUUUAGUUGAAAAACUUAUGAUGAAGCAUCCAAGGCCAUAUAAGCUGCAGUGGUUAAAUGGUUGUGGAGAAAUCAAGGUUUAUGAGGAUCAACUGAGACUAAAAAAAGAGAGUAAGCUGAGAAAAGAGAGUGAGCUUGAAGGUAUGAAAAACAGAGAGAAAACAACAAAGAACGAGUUAAAAAAGAGAGAAAAGAUCGAAAGUGUUGAAAACAAAGAGAGAAAAUCAGUGAGUGUUUAUGCAAAAGAAAGUGAUGUCAAGGCUGCGUUCUUUGCAAAGCAGCCUAUGUUUGUGCUUCUGUAUAAAGAUGCUUAUUUCAACACUAAUGAACUUAAUGAUUCUUUGCCUAGUGUUGUUAAAUCUCUUUUGCAGGACUUCAAGGAUGUGUUUCCAGAAGACAUCCUUAAUGGUUUACCACCAAUAAUAGGAAUUGAGCAUCAGAUUGACUUCAUUCCAGGUGCAACAAUUCUUAACCAACCAGCAUAUUGAAGCAACCCCAAUGAGACAAAAGAACUUCAAAAGCAGGUUGAAGAACUCAUGAAGAAGGGGAAUGUGAGAGAAAGCAUGAGUCCAUGUGCAGUUCUAGUGCUACUUGUGCUUAAGAAGGAUGGGACUUGGCGUAUGUGCGUUGAUUGUCACGCUGUCAACAAAAUCACCGUAAAGUA